AUGGACGGCGGACAUGAUGGCAGCCAGCCUAGCACAAGCAGUUCUGAGAUCAUGGCGAACGAUCCCGGAGAAGGGACCAGCACCAGCUUGCCGUUAAGUCAUGCCAGUAGGCGUACAGAGCUGGAGGUGCUGGAGCUGGAGCUAGGAAAGGCAAGACGAGAGCAAGCACUAGAAGGGAGGAAACUGCGUAAGCGGCGGAAGAAGUUGAAAAUGGCGUACACGCAAGGGCAGUCAUCUGCGGCCUUGAAAGAAGCUGAAGCUGGACUGGCGAAGGCUGUGGAAUGCUGGAAUGACGCUAAGGUUCACACACAAGACAUCUGCGACGAACUAUUGAAACAACGCUCGAUAACGCAGACCGAGAGGAGUGCUGGCAGCGUUCAUCCAGAUUUGGCGGGGCAGACACUUGCACAGUUUGAGAAACUCGGAAUACGCGUCCCCCCUGAGGAAGCAAAGCUUCCGUGGUAUAGGCGUCCUGCAUUUUGGAAGCUACGGAAGUACGCGGAUUCUAGUUCAGAUAAUGAGGACCCUGUGUCGCCCUCCGGGACACCGCAAGAAUCUACGAUGCUGAUGAACCGGUGUCCGGCGGACGACACAGAAGCAAGCCCAGCACCCGAUGGGCUUACUACUGCCAGCAUGGUGGUCAGCGGGACUUCUCAGAGAGAUACCCAUGCAGCAGAAUCAGGGCUAGCCUCGAUACACAUGGGUCCCCCACUCUCGAGCUCCCCCGACGCGCCCUGGCUCGCCUACCUUCCGAUUGCUUUGUUGGGUUCAGUGUCGCCGCCCCUGUCAGACCCCGUUGCCAAUAUGCUCGUGGACCUCCUGCAAGCAGAUUCACCCACCGUUGACCCGCCAUAUGGGGAAGGCGAUGCCCAGUCUGACGGAAGCCCAGCGAUGGAGCUCCAAGGCUCGCCUGCUCCAGUAGCAUCCGCUUUACCGGAGCCUCCGCCGAUCCCAGAACACCUUGCAGAUAUACUUGAGAGCCUCUUGCAGCGGAGUUCGAAUUCGGAGAAUUCUCUCGCCGACGCCACCGUCGGGCACGCAGGCGACAUCGCCGCUGAGAGCCCAGAGCCCAUGUGGCCCCCAUACAGUGACACACAAGUUGAUGCCCAGGGAGAACAGGAGUUCACAUCGACGGUGGAAUCAACGUCUUUCGUCGCCCCUCCUCACGUUGACCCCUCAGCCGACGUCUCCAUGGCUUUUGUGAGACGCCGACGCACACACACGCUGCAGGAGCCGCAAGGCGCUAUGACGGUGCACCGAGCGCAAGCAUCGAUUUUUCAUGAUGCUGGUCCGGCCGAAGGCAUUGGCAGGGCGACAGUUGGCACAGGCCGCAAUGACGAGGACACCCACUACUAG